AAUACAAUUACAAUAAGUGUGCGUUGAUUUGUCAUAGUUUGAACUGCUUAUUUUGUUAAUCAAUAAUCAAUAAUCAAGUUACGUUAGGCAUUUCGGCAAAAUGCUACCUGAGUUCCCAAGUAGAAUAAAUCUUGAUCAACUCGAACCAUCCAAAAUUUUUGAAACUCGUCCGGAUUUCAACAGUUGGGUGCGCUUUCCAAUUGUGAAUGGAUUUCUCCGGUUGGCUGUGAUACCAAAAAGCGACAUAAAAAUAUCACUUUCGUCACGACCGAAAGAUGACCCUGGUAUGAUCGUCAUAUCCUUGGGAUACCUUGAUGACAUGCGUUCAGCAAUUGGAACUAUCGAAGUCCCAUUCUCCGUGGAGAAAACCACUCCAAACAUACUCAAGCGGAAUUACAAUGAAUUUUGGAUUGUUUGGGUCAAUGGGGAAAUAUUUGUGCUGAAAGCCGGUGAGAAAAAAGCUUUUAUCUCUAUGAAGUACAAAACUUAUUCGAUUCAAUAUGUCGGCUUCAGUUCGCCAAAUAGUUCGGCAGUUUGGUAUCUAAGAGACGGAGAGAAAAUAAUAACUUCCGCCUCGAGUCGAUUUAUAUACCAUGGAAUCCGUACGGGUUAUUUGGAGCUCGCGUUUAAAGGCAAAUCAGACGCCCAUUUCGCGCUACUUUUUCUAGGAGGACGAGCUGCUCCUCCCAUGGUCGAAGUGAAGUUGGGUGUGCAUGGCAAUAAAAAAAGUUGUAUUCGAGUAGAUAACAACGAUCACAACCAAACCGAAAAAUUCACUCCGGAUCUUCUAUCUGUAGAUCGCUUUAUAAUAUUCUGUUUUAAUUGGCAUAAUGGAAUACUGACAGUGCGAACAGAUCAUCCACAAGGACCAAUCGUGAUAGAAUCCAACGAGCGAAGCGUAGAUUUCGUACCACACUAUUUUGCUGUUCGAACGGGGCACGGGACUGCGGGGAAAUGGAUAUUUGGGGUCAAUAACGCUAAAGCCAUUGUUGAGAAUAAUGAAACUAACGAAGCUAAAUGAAAAUACUUGCAUUGCACAUCCAAUGUUGAAUGGUACAUUGCCUAUGUUAGUUUUGGACUAUACGUUUCAGUCCAGUAAAUUUGAUUAUUUUGGAUUAA